GGUCCCGAAGGAUGAACGCUUGAACCCCGACUUCUGACAGAGAGAUCAGACCUUUAAGUUUCUCAAAUACGGGGUUGAAGGAAAUAGGAAAAAGAAAAAAAAAGUGGUUUUCAAAGACAGAGAGACGGAAGGCGAGGGAGAGGAGUUGUAAAGAGCAAAAAGAUGGAUGCCAUGAGACGCACGCUGCCUCGUCUCCAGCUGACUGUACCCAUGCCCAUGAAGACGGGGAAGGUGGCGAUGUCUCCAGGAGAGGACGGUCUGAUUGGGAUCCCCUUCCCGGAGCAUAGCAACGAGCUCUUAUCGCACCUAAAUGACCAGAGGAGGACAGGACUCCUGUGUGACCUCACUCUGACGUCCAGGGGGGCACGCUACCCGACUCACCGCUCUGUCAUGGCCGCCGUCAGUCUCUACUUCCGCCGGCUGUUUGGGGCAGAGGAGGGCGGCGGUGAGGGCGGAGGAGGUUUCAGCGUGUGCCAGCUGGACUGCGUGGCCCCUGACGCCCUGGACGCCCUGCUGGAUUUCGCCUACACUGCCACCCUGACCAUCCCCAGCUCCGGGAUGAGAGAUGUGCUGCGAGGGGCUCAGCUUCUGGGCAUCCAAUGUGUGGCAGACGCGUGCAGAGACAUCCUGGGGGAGAAAGCAGAGGUGGAGACAGUAGAGGAGCAGAGAGUGCAACACACAGCGACUGGGGAAGAGAGCGGGAUGAGAGGGUCCCGAAGAAAAACGGACAGAAAGAAGGUGAAAAAAGUGGGGCUGCAUCACAUCAACUCAUUAGUUUUGAACCCACCGCCUGCUUCUCCCGUCUCGCAUCCAUCACCUUCAUCCGACAGCUUCCGCUCCCUGCCGUCCACCCAGCCUCCCAGCCCCGAACAAGAGGAGCUCCUCAAACCUGGGCAGAAUGGAGAUCGAAGGGCGAUCGGAAAUCCAGACCGAGGGGCCACACUAAACGGAGGGCAGCUUCACUGGCUGCAUGAUCGCCCUCGUAUCGCCCACCCGCCUCCUGUCCCGCCUUUGAAUGACAAGCUGUCAGAGGAUGAGGAUGGUUUUGGAGACGAAAGCACCUCCAUACCUACCUCUGUAGCCGAUCGAGGAGCGGUGGCGUCAGCAGCGGGAGGAGGUAGGAAGAGGAAAUCUCAGACGCCCCAGCAGUGCCCUGUCUGUCAGAAGAUCAUCCAUGGAGCAGGAAAACUGCCCCGACACAUGAGGACACACACCGGAGAGAAGCCCUUCCAGUGUUCGGCCUGCGGAGUCCGUUUCACCCGGAAUGAUAAGUUGAAGAUCCACAUGAGGAAACACACAGGGGAGCGUCCUUACCCCUGCCCGCACUGCCCUGCCCGUUUUCUCCACUCAUAUGACCUCAAAAACCACCUGUCCCUCCACAGCGGGGCGAGGCCCUUCGAGUGCCCGCUCUGUCACAAGGCCUUCGCCCGAGAGGACCACCUCCAGCGUCACCGCAAGGGACACAGCUGCCUGGAGCUGCGCACACGCCGGCCCAGACGUGGGGCCGAGCUCGGGGAAGAUGGGAGAGGGGAAGGAGGCGGGAGGGAGCCGUCCAACCCUCUGGAGGCUCUGGCCCUACAGGCCCACGCCUCAGCGUUCCUCCCUCACACGGUGCUGGAUGCUGGGAGUGGACCUGGCGGCGGCCCACAGCUGAUGUUUCCAGGUGAUGUCGAGAGGGAGCGGUCUCUCGCCCUUCAGGCUCUGGCUCAUCUCGGGCCUCACAGGCUGGCCGGGUACCCUGAGCUCUUCCUGCGAGGUCUGGAGCUGCGAGGGGGCAGAGAGGCCGAGGGAGAAGAUCCAGGAGGAACCCGCUCACCGGUUGUGCAGCGUGACCGAUGGGCUGAUGAAGUCGAAGAGGAAAUUGGAGAAGAGGAAGCGGAGGAAGAGGAAUAGUGAAAAGAGAGCGUGUGUGUGUGUGUGUGUGUGUGCGCGCGUGUUUGUGUGUGCGCG